AUGAACAGCUCCGCCGACCUGUUGGAAUAUGCGGGAGGGUUCCAGGCGCUCAAAGAAGCGGAGCUCAGAGUCGCCCUGCCCGUUGUGCUGGGAGUCAUCUGCUUGGUAGGCUUGGCUGGCAACACCAUGGUGGUCGCCGUCUUGAUGCACGACUUCAGGCAAGCCAAGAGCUCGGUGGCCAACGGUCUGAUCGUCCUGCUGAGCGCUACCGACCUCCUGAUCCUGCUUUUCUGCGCGCCGCUCCGGGCAGUCACCUACUCCCGACCCAGCUGGUCCUUCGGCUGGCUCCUAUGCAAGUCUUCCGACUACUUUCUUCAGGCAUGCCUGUCGGCAAAAAGUUUCACCCUGGCCGCGGUGGGACACGCCCGCUACCAGCACGUCGCCAAACCCAAGAACUACAUUGACUUUAAAUGCCGGCGCUUGGUUGCAUUAACCUGUUCCAUUUGGUCUUUGUCUUGCCUCCUACCCAUCCCUCAUUGGCUGUUUGCCGACCUCAGACGCCGAGGAGCCGAGAUCUCAUGCGUGUUGGAGAUCCCAGCCCACGCUUGGCAUUUCAUGACUGCUUUCGGAGUGGCUUACCCUCUCGCCGUCUAUCUCAUGCCCGUCAGCUUCGCCAUGGCUUGCCUGGUUAGGGCACUAGUGAAGAGCAAGCCUGGGAGAAACAGGACCCCAAACCGCAGGUACGAGAUCCGCAGGGUAACCGUCAUGUUGCUGGUCCUAAGCGGGGCUUUCGCUGUCAUGCGGCUCCCGGAGUGGGUGGCUUGGACCUGGAGCAGACACCGGGGCUCGUUCAGCCCGGGUCCCCCCACCGCCUUGCUGGUGUUGGGUCAAGUCCUCACCCUGGCCAACUGCACGGUUAAUCCCUUUGUUCUUCUCGCUGCUUCCGAGGACUUCAAGGACGGCGUGCGGAGCGCCUGGGCCGUGGCCACUCGGAGGGGAGCGGGCGGGCAAGCGCGGACCUCCAGCUUUGCCCAGAAGGUAUGCGCCACCAUCCCGCACUCAGGCGCCGCCAGUUCCCUCUGCGCCCUGCCUACCAUCUCCGCCCGAGAAGACGUGCCCAUUUGCCGGGACCUGGCCCAAAACAUCCCUCCCGACGUCCAGCACUUUUGGCAACAUAGGAAGAAUGCGGCACCAGUGGACAACAACGACCCUGUCCCUUGGGAAAGUCAAGAACAGGCUUAA